CGUCGAGUGGUGCAAAGGAUCUUCGCCAUCGAAGUUCUGAGAGAAGCGCGAGGACUAGUCAGACCCCGUGUCCUCCGGAGGCCAGUGUGACAGGAUUUGUCGCCAGAAAAGGAGUAGACGGCUUAUCAGUGCUAGGUGACCAAGCAGUUUCACAAAUAAACCCUCCAGCAAGUUUAAAAAUAAUCAGGCCCAACUUGGAGAAGUGAGAUUGCUCCUGUUGCACAAAGAUGUCUAGCUGCUCCAGUGAAGUCGAUGUGAUAAAAACUCGACUAUCUACUUGUGAUGAUGAUAAUGGCGUUCUUUAUGCAUAUGAACCAAAUACUGCAUAUGUCAAUCAGCAAAGUGUUCUGUCUGACACACCCUGUGAAGAGCAACCAAAAACAAUUGUGGAUGUCCUGAGUCAUUGCAAGGUCAUCCAGGAUGCUAUUCAAAACCUGGAUAAGAAGUUUGAUGUCAUUAAAGGAAAGGUUUCGAAAAUUUAUCGUUUCCGUUCCAAAUUAAUCUGGCAAAAUCGCAGGCCACUUGGAUAUGCAUACAAACAUUAUACUUACCUGCUUUCUAGAAAGAUUAAAUUGCAGAAAACAAAGAAGAAGGAUGUGCCUAUUCCUGUUCCUCUCUCUCAUAGUGAAAGUUAUAGCCCAACUACACCAGCUAGAAGGUCAUCAGAUAAUUCCCAAAGCAACCCUGUAGAAACAUAUCACCACUCACAGGAUUCCCUGAUCCAGGAUCCCUACCAGUCACAGGGUUCCCCAUUCCAGCCUCCUGAGUCAUUCUAUGAGAACCGGGAGAUGCGCCUUAGCCAGAGUCCGAUAUUUCCUCCCGUCUACACACAGUCAUAUCCAUCAUAUUACACAUCCAACGAUCCAGUGCAGCGCUCCCCUUCCAUGCCUUGCUUUGGCAGUCCAGGGGCUCACAGCACCACCGGUGUCUUUCCACCUUCCCAAACAUCCACUUCAGUACCUGCAGCUGUGCCAGACCAAGGCAAAUCUAGUCCGGCACACAACCCUGAGAUGAUGGCUUACCCAGCUUUGCUGGAAAAUGAGAGCCUCGGCCAUACUGACUCAUCUGUUUGUGCGCCAACUGGCUUGGCUGCAAGUCCAUCAGUUGGAACUGAACCGUGUAUGCUAAAACAAGACUUACCUGAUGACCCUUCAACUUGGUCCGUAGAGGAAGUGAUCCUGUUUCUGAAUCAAACAGAUCCUCAGACACUCGCCCCCCUUGCCGACAUCUUCAGACAACAUGACAUUGAUGGGUCAGCUCUGCUACUGCUCCCGAGUGACAUUAUGAUAAAGUAUAUGGGGAUUAAGCUGGGGACAGCUCUGAAAUUGUGCCACUACAUCGAAAAGCUUAAAGUAGAAAAAGGCAUUAAUGGUUGAGAAAACAUUAAUGUAGAUUUACUUUAUACUUAAUUCUGGGAGACCAAUGCUAUCUUGGUGUAAAA